CCUCUAUAAAAGGGGCAGAAAGCGGUUCCAGAGCCAUCACAGACUUGGAGGGGACAGUCUGUGACCAAGGCUGCUGCACACCCCUCCCUGGCACCCGACUCCCUGCUCAAGUAUGAAACUCAUACUCUCGGCUGUGCUGUCCUUCGGGAUAGUGGCUCUGUGUUUUGCUGCUCCACCCAAGCCAGUCAUCAGAUGGUGCACAAUAUCCUCAGCGGAAGAGACCAAAUGCAAUAGUCUAAGGGACCUCAUGCAACAAGAGAGCGUUGCACUGAGCUGCCUGAAGAAAGCAACGUACCUCGACUGCAUAAAAGCCAUUUCAAAUAACGAAGCAGAUGCCAUUAGCCUGGAUGGUGGCCACAUUUUUGAGGCAGGCCUUGCCCCCUACAAGUUGAAGCCCAUUGUUGCUGAGGUCUACGAACAAUCUGGAGGCUCCACAACCAGCUACUAUGCCGUGGCCAUAGUGAAGAAAGGAACAGACAUCACGAUAAACAACUUGCAGGGCAAGACCUCCUGCCACACCGGCCUGGGCAGGUCUGCUGGCUGGAACAUCCCCAUUGGGACACUCCUUCACCGGGGAGACAUCAAGUGGGAGGGCAAAGAGUCAGGCUCCAUCGAACAAGCGGUGGCCAACUUCUUCUCUGCUAGCUGUGUGCCUGGUGCCACCAGUGAACAAAAACUGUGCCGCCAGUGCAAGGGAGACGCCAAAACCAAGUGCUCCCGCUCAGCGCCUUAUUCUGGGUACUCUGGAGCUUUCCAAUGUCUGAAGGAUGGUAAAGGAGAUGUGGCUUUUGUGAAACACACAACUGUUCAAGAGAACGCCCCAGGGGAGAAGGAUGGCUAUGAGCUUCUGUGUCUGGAUGGCAGCCGUCAGCCUGUGGAUAACUACAAAUCCUGCCACUGGGCCAGGGUGCCUGCCCACGCUGUUGUGGCUCGAGAUGAUAGCAAGAUUGAUGAUAUCUGGAGCUUCCUCUCAAAAGCACAGGAAAAGUUUGGUGUGGGCACAACUGGCAGCUUCCACCUCUUUGGGCCACCUGGCAAGAAGGACCCAAGCCAGAAAGACUUGCUUUUCAAAGACUCUGCUGUACAGCUGAAGCGUAUCCCAUCGCUGAUGGAUUCCCAGCUCUACCUGGGCUAUGAGUACUACAAUGCCAUCCAGAGCCUUCAGGAAGAUGAUCUGAGCUCCAGCCGCAGAGAAAACAAGACGCGGUGGUGUGCGGUAGGCAAGAAUGAGAAGAUCAAGUGUGACCUCUGGAGCGUGAUGAGCAACGGGGAUGUGGAGUGCACCGUGGCAGACAACGCCAAUGACUGCAUUAUUAAGAUAAUGAAAGGUGAAGCAGAUGCUAUCAGCUUAGACGGAGGUUUUGUCUACACUGCUGGGGUGUGUGGCUUGGUGCCAGUGAUGGGAGAAAACUACGAGGAUUACAGUCAAUGCAGCAAAGCAGACGGAGAACCAGGUAAUUACUGCCAGCAGACAGCAGCCCUGAGGAGCCUAAGGAGAAAGGAAAACACAAUCAGGAGUGGAGAACUUUCUCUUCUGAAAGCUUCCUACUUCGCUGUGGCUGUUGUGAAGAAAUCUGACAGUGGUAUCACCUGGAAGAACCUGCAGGGCAAGAAGUCAUGCCACACUGCUGUGGGGAGAACUGCUGGCUGGAACAUUCCUAUGGGCUUGAUUCACAACAUGACAGGGAGCUGCAAUUUCGAUGAAUACUUCAGUAAGGGCUGUGCUCCUGGCUCUCCCCCUAACUCCCGCCUCUGUGAACUCUGCCGAGGCUCCGAGGGAGUCCCUCCUGAGAAGUGCGUGGCCAACAGCCACGAGAAAUACUACGGCUACACUGGAGCUUUCCGGUGUCUGGUGGAGCGGGGUGAUGUGGCCUUUAUUAAGCAUUCAAUCGUUGAGGAAAACACUGAUGGCAGAAAUAAAGAAGACUGGGCCAAAAGUCUGAGAAUGGAAGAUUUUGAGUUGCUCUGCACUGAUGGGCAACGGAAAAAUGUCAUGGCUUACCGGGACUGCCACCUGGCCAAAGUUCCUACCCACGCUGUGAUCACACGUCCUGAGAAAGCAAGACAAGUCCGUGAGCUGCUGGAGAGACAAGAGAAACUCUUUGGAACAAAAGGAGUGGCAAAAGACAAGUUCAAGAUGUUUGAGUCUCAAACCAAGGACCUUCUCUUUAAAGACUUGACCAAGUGUCUGGUCAAACUCCGUGAAGGAAUAACGUACAAGGAAUUCCUUGGAGAUCAAUACUAUGCUUCAGUUGCUAGCCUCAACACCUGCAAUCCAUCAGAUCUCCUCCAGGUGUGCACCUUCCUUGAGGACAAGCACCGAGCUCCCUCACGGCCGGCGCCGGGCCGAGCCGCCGAGCUCUGCCCCAGCCCGCCGCCCGCCUCCCGCAAGCCACGCCCCCUUGCCCCGCGGAACUACGACUCCCGGCGCGGGGCCGGAAGCCGAGUGCGGAGUGCGGCGACGUGUGGCGUGGCGGCCAUGGCGGCCGGGCUGGAGCCGCACCUGGAGGCGCUGCUGCGGGCCUCUGACCCCACCGUGCUCUCCGUCCUUCUGGCGCUGAUCGCCGUCGUCAUCACGCUCUUGAUCUGGAGGUUCGUGCAGAGCAGGAGGAGCAGCCGGAAGGCCGUGUUGCUGCUGGGCCUCUGCGACGCGGGGAAGACGUUGAUUUUCGCGCGGCUGUUGACAGGCAAAUACCGUGAUACCCAGACGUCCAUCACCGACAGCUCUGCAGUGUACAGAGCCAGCAAUGACAAGAGUGCUAAUGUGACCUUAAUCGACCUUCCAGGCCAUGAGAGUUUGAGGCUUCAGUUCUUGGAGAGGUUCAAGGCUGCAGCCAGAGCCAUUGUGUUUGUGGUGGACAGUGUGGCCUUCCAGCGGGAGGUGAAGGAUGUGGCAGAGUUCCUCUACCAGGUCCUGGUUGAUAGCACCGUGCUCAAAAAUGCACCAGCCCUGCUGAUUGCUUGCAAUAAACAAGAUGUCACAAUGGCAAAAUCAGCAAAACUAAUUCAGCAGCAGCUGGAGAAAGAGCUCAAUACCUUACGAGUGACACGCUCUGCAGCCCCCACCAGCCUGGAUGGCUCAGCCACUGGGGCCCCUGCCCAGCUGGGGAAGAAGGGCAAGGAUUUUGACUUCUCCCAGCUACCCAUGAAGGUGGACUUCGUGGAGUGCAGUGCUCGGGGCAGCAAGGGAGAGGAGGGAGAUGCCGACUUCGAGGGCCUGGAGAAAUGGCUGGCCAAGAUUGCUUGAAUGGAGAUGGGCAGGGCUGGAAGGAGAGACGUGGGGAGGCUGAGGGACAGGACUGAAAGGAAGAAGAUGGUUGGAAGCACUCAGAUCUCACCUUGCUGUAGAAAGUAGAAACUUAAAAUGGAAAUCAGCAUUGUGGUAUUUUUCUCUGCUGCUCAUGGGCUUGGGAGCAACGUGGCACAAUUGCUGGUGUAAUUCCCUCAGACUGUUCACAAAGCAACAUUUAAUUCUCCCCCCCUCCCCUCUUCUUUUAUCUUCCUCUGGGAUGCUCACACUCUGAGCUUAAUCUGUUUCCAUAAUCUUUGGCUUUUCACUUGGUACUUGCCAAGCAAAUUAGGAAGGAGUGCAUUGCUAGGUGAGUUUUAGAUUGGAGCCUGUGUGUUGUCUCAUUCUGGCUUAACAUUGCAGUGCUGUUGUGUCUUGAAGCUACUGGUCUCCUCCUGAUUUGGACUUCCUUCCCCAGCCGCUCACUGCUCGGGAGCACUGUGCACAUCACCUCUGCUGCCUUGGCAAAGUGCACAGAUUCUUGGUUGGGAAGUCAUCGAGGAAAGGAUAAAAAGCUGUGUUCCUCUGUGUCUCCUGCUUUCCUGUUCUUCCAGAUUUGUGCAUUCUCCUGUCUGUGGGCCUGGGGUGGCUGCCUGCCCUGCCUUGGUCACC